GAUUUUGCAACGACAACGGCGAUUUAGUGUGCCACCCAUCAACGUUGAACAAUUACAUCUGAAUCAAAGCCAAUCGCGGAUAUCUUAAUUUUCUAAAAUAUCUAAUUUAAAAUGAAAAAUCUUCCCUUGUUGGGCUUAAUUCUUCCGUUGAUCUGCUCCUAUAUCUCCGUGGCUACAGCACAAAGCCACAACGUAACCUGGGGUAUGGUAGGUCCAAACGAUACACUUUUGGAGCGAGAAAUAGUUACGAAGAAAUACAAGUUCCUCCGAAUUAUAGAUGAAGAGUUUGCGUAUCCAAGAGAGAACUUCAGCAACGACUAUAUAAUUACUGCAGUUCGCGUUACGGAUCUGUACACUGACGGCGAUGGCGGAUAUGCUAUGUUGACAAGUGGUGGACCAGGAGUAAAAUAUGUCACGAUUAAUCUAAAAUCUCAACGGACCCACGGAUUUAAUUUCAUUAUUGAAGUAUUUGGACGGGAAGACAAAUAGACAUACAAAUCCAUAUAACCUUCGUACCUUUGUGAAUAAGUGAAUAUUGUUGAACUAGUGU